UCACGCACGCACGAAUACUAAAAUAUUUGUGUCACAGGAACUUUUGUUGUUGAGUGUAUAUUACCUACAUUCGUCAUUACAACAACAUAAUUUAAAACUAAAAACCGGCCAUUGAAAACACCCGCCUUCCUGGGAUCGAUCUUGGGACAUGGGCUAUAAAUAGAUCCACCUUCCUCGCGGCCUCCCCACGAAGAAAAUGUUAUUUGGGACACACGUUUGCGCUUGCGGUUGUUCACGAAGACGGUAGCGUGUCUUGACAGGAAGCAUGGCAGACGAAAUACGACACGGACUAGAGAACGUCCAUCUCCCUGAAUCCCCUGGUCCUCGCCAAGUCUCCGCCGUCACUCCCUAUCAGAGCUUAGAGGAGUCUCCCGCACCCCUAGCUACGCCAGACCAGGGUCUACCUGGUGCACACCGAAGUCUUGACGAAUUGAGGGAUGCAGGCAACACCACUCUACGACCAGGCGUCUUCCAUUACGAUCGUAACAGGCGUUCCCCGGUCUCCAUGGCAUCUUCGACACGUGACCCUGAUAACACCAUGCCCAAAACCGAGUUGCAGAUCAAGACCUUCAUGAUGAAUAGCCCGGAUGACGACGACAUUGUUCCUGAAUUCAUACAGUCCGUGUCCGAUCACAGUCACGACAGCAUCCACGUUCAGCCUGCGUUUGGAGAGCUGGCUCCGACACGGCGAAUACGGUCUGGUAUCCCGGAGUACAUCCUGGACUCGAUGACAACGACUGACUACACAAUACUCCUUGUGGGACCAAGCUUCUUGCGAGGGGUUGACAGGGAAGUGCAGAACACGGACGGACCUUCCAUGACUGACACAGAACAUCUCGGUGUACGUUUUGGAUACAUACAGUUGCUAAACAAGAGCUUUCUCAAUGGCGUGGACAACUCAAAGAUCUUCCCAGUUCUUGUGAAAGGAGCCGACAGGAGCCACCUGCCACCAUGGCUGGAGACGGGGGAGUUUUAUACCAACAACACGGAUAAAUAUGGUGUCGGGUGUAUGGUGAGGAAGAUGAUAGCUCAGUACAGGGAAGAACGUGCAACCCAUAGCUGCUGAUGUCAGCUCAGUAUAGGGAUGAUGCUGUUGAUGUCAGCUCAGUAUAGGGAUGAUGCUGUUGAUGUCAGCUCAGUAUAGGGAUGGUAGUGUUGAUGUCAGCUCAGUAUAGGGAUGAUUUUGUUGAUGUCAGCUCAGUAUAGGGAUGAUGCUGUUGAUGUCAGCUCAGUAUAGGGAUGAUGCUGUUGAUGUCAGCUCAGUAUAGGGAUGAUGCUGUUGAUGUCAGCUCAGUAUAGGGAUGGAAGUGUUGAUGUCAGCUCAGUAUAGGGAUGGUGGUGUUGAUGUCAGCUCAGUAUAGGGAUGAUGCUGUUGAUGUCAGCUCAGUAUAGGGAUGAUGCUGUUGCAUGUGUCACAGCUGGAGACAGCACAUUGUUGUCGAACUUAUAUUGAAACCUUUCCAAGCUUGUAUUACCACCAUUUCCGAUCACGUUUUGAUUGUUUUGUAUUUUUUGUAAAAGGAGUGAUUUUAUUUUGUAUCAAAUGGCGUUGUGAAGCAUUAUUUACGAUGACUGUUUUUAAUUUGAAAAUCAAGAUAAUGUUUGAUACCAUUCAUGUACCAUGGUAAUAUUUAUAUCUACACUUUUUAGCAUCAGUGGCCUUCAUACGAAGCAAAACUCCAAUACUGAAAUAAAGAAUCUUGAAUCUUGAA